AUGAAAGCCCCACUUGUACUGGCCCUUCUGAUCGGGCUGUCCACCGCUGUGGACUUUGCCCCGCUCCUCGACAUGUGCACAAAUCCACCGGCCGAGCAGAAGAAGCUCAGUGAUAAGAUGACACUUCCAGAAGCAUAUAAAAUCUCCGGCUCAGUUACCAAUUGGAAGGAGGGAAAGACGACGCUUCUGAAGGAAACCGCUACGAAAGAGUUCCGAGUCAUAGAAAUCAAGAAAGACGAUUCUAGUCAAAAAUGGAUUCAGUCAUUGACAGGAGACAAGCAUUUCGAGCUUAUCACCAAUAACGGCGACUGUGACGACAAAGCAGCUCCUCCAGAGAUCCUAAAAGUGCCACGUUUUGAUAGUAUCAUUGGCAACAACACCUCAUCCAUUGCCAGUAUUGUCGACGGCGUCCUGAACUUCAUCAGAAGUAACACUGGAUACGCCGUUAAGAACAAUUUCGACGUUGUUGGAGGAGUGAACACAAUGAAAUGGGUGUCAUGUGUGAACGGAACGAGUGCUAACGAUACAAAAGUACUCGUUGAGCUCAGAUACGCUGGCGAUGACUCGAUUGCUCCGGCUCUCAAGCAGUUCUCCAAUCCGAUCCUUCUCUCGAUUCGUCUCGCAGAACUCAAGGAUUUCAACACUACCAUGCCAGACAAUCACAUUUCAAUUGAAUUCGAUCGAUAUGAUAUUCCAGAUGGAGUUGAGGAUAAUGCUCAGCUUGCUCAUGGAGUCUUCUGUGCGAAUAGAAACGAAACAGAGCUGAAACUAAAGCCAAUGGAUGAGUAUGCAGCUGUGCUUAGCUAUUACAACUAUGUCAAUAAGACUUCCGAAGUCGUAGAUGUCUUCUAUUCGAAACAAAACAAGGUAUUCGCUGUUGCUGGAGCCUCUUUCCGAAACCUCCUGAAGUCUUCCAACUAUUCUCAAGGAGUGGAUUAUAUCCUACACGACUACAAUUACGGUUACGAGUUCACAAUGAAGAAUGGGGCUUGUGACACCUUCGGACCAGCUCCAGAGACCACAAAUGAUGUCAUUGUCAACAACAAGAAGCAACUCACCAUGCAAAGAAUGGAGGAUAUCCUGGUGGAUCCCAAAUUGAGAUGGUCUUCGUAUCAAGAUUCCGUAGAUCUCGCUGGAAACACUUUCAAGGCAUUCAGAGCGUUGGAUAGUGCUGGAACUGGGAAAAUCGUUGAGCUCCAUCUCACCAAUGACGGAGAGGUUCAUUCGAUGAAUCGAUUCGACGCGAAAACCAGAAAAAUCGAGCAGUCUCUGAUUGUGACUCGUGUGGAAGUUGGAACUUCCAAGUUGAAUCUCGCUAUGGUACAAAUGGCUGGAUGCUACGAUAAUGGAAGUUUCGCAAAUAACACCUGGGUCGUGCCCAUUAAAGAUAAGAACAUCACCAACUUGCAGAGCGUAGGACUGAGCAAUCUGAACAAGGCCGUCGCCGAGACCAUCUCAAAGAACGUCUACGCAGUCAUCCCUUACCGAGUGAUCGUAUUCUACGUGGAGAAUGGUGAUGGUGGCCUCUCAAUGCUGCUUCGUUUAGCUGAGAAGACUACUGUGCAGCCAUCAGAUGUGGGAUACAACUACACUGCCGAACUAACGACAGCCGAGUUGUUCAGUAAAAUGAACGCCUCGUUGUUCUCGGAGAAAAUGCCGAUUGUGGUGGAAGUUGGAGGACAGAAGGAGGAAUGGAUCGCCGACGCUUCUGCGAUGAAAUCUUUCCCACCGGACACCGACACUGGAUUCCUUGGAUAUACAGGCGGCGCGAUGUUCGUUCUUGCCAUUUUCUGUAUCCUCAGCGGAGUAUCCAUUGGAGCCGUCGGAGUGUUCGUCGUGACACGUCGCCAACGUAUUUCCACACUCGCCUAUCAAGUUUUCGAGUGA